AUGAGUAUUCCACACUGGAGGGCUGCUAUGGAACAAGAAUAUCAUGCUCUUAUGAAGAAUAAGACCUGGACACUUGUUCCCCCUCCGUCUCGCGUCAACAUCAUUGAUUCAAAGUGGGUGUUCAAGGUGAAGAAACAUGCAGAUGGUUCCAUUGAGCGCUACAAAGCGCGCCUCGUGGCUAAGGGCUUUAAACAUCGUCAGGGCCUGGACUAUGAGGAUACAUUCAGCCCAGUUGUCAAGCCUACCACUAUUCGACUUCUUCUGUCUCCGCAGUUUCUCGCGGAUGGUCUCUCCGCCAGCUUGAUGUGCAGAACGCUUUUCUUCAUGGAUUGCUUGAAGAAGAGGUUUACAUGCGGCGGCCACCUGGAUUUGUUGAUCACACUCAGCCUCAUCAUCUCUGUCAUCUGA